CGCGCGGGCGGCGAUGAUGGGGCGGCCAUGGCCCGGGCCGGCAGCUGCGGCGGCGACGCGGCGGCGCGGGAGCGGGCGGGGGUCGCGGAGCCGCAGGGCCCCGCGGAGCUGUCCCUGGAGGAGGUGCUGAAGGCCUACGAGCAGCCCCUCAACGAGGAGCAGGCGUGGGCCGUGUGCUUCCAGGGCUGCCGCGGGCUGCGGGGCGCGCAGGGCCCGCGCCGCAUCCGCCACACGGCGGACAUCGUCCUGCGCAGGGACGGCUCGGUCGGCGCGCGGCGGGAGCCCGAGCCUGCGACGAUGGAGGUGCCGCCAGCCAGCUCCGAAGCCCAGGUGGUGCAGUCGCUGGGCUUCGCCAUCUACCGCGCACUGGACUGGGGCCUGGACGAGAGCGAGGAGCGCGAGCUCAGCCCGCAGCUGGAGCGGCUCAUGGACCUGAUGGCCAACAGCGACGAUUGUGACGACGGCGGCGGCGGGGCCGACGAGGGCUACGGGGGCCCCGAGGAGGAGGAGGCAGCGGAGGGCUCCCCGCGCGCCGUGCGCACCUUCGCCCAGGCCAUGCAGCUGUGCGCCGCGCGCCUGAGCGACCCCCGCAGCGCGCAGAGCCACUACCAGGCCGUGUGCCGCGCGCUCUUCCUGGAGACGCUGGAGCUGCGCGCCUUCCUGGCCCGGGUCCGGGAGGCCAAGGAGAUGCUGCAGAAGCUGCGGGAGGAUGAGCCACAGGUGGAGAAGCCCCUGGCGGAUCUCGACCACCUAGGACACACGGACUGGGCCCGGCUCUGGGUCCAGCUCAUGCGGGAGCUCCGCCACGGGGUGAAGCUCAAGAAGGUGCAGGAGCAGGAGUUCAACCCCCUGCCCACCGAGUUCCAGCUCACGCCCUUCGAGAUGCUGAUGCAGGACAUCCGGGCCCGGAACUACAAACUGCGCAAGGUCAUGGUUGACGGCGACAUCCCGCCCAGGGUGAAGAAGGACGCUCACGAGAUCAUCCUGGACUUCAUCCGCUCUCGGCCCCCGCUCAAGCAGGUCUCAGAGAGGAGGCUCCGCCCCCUGCCCCAGAAGCAGAGAACCCUCCACGAGAAGAUCCUGGAGGAGAUCAAGCAGGAGCGGAAGCUGCGGCCUGUGGGGAGCUCCUGCUGGGGCACCCGAGGGUUUGGCUCCCUACCCUGCAUCCUCAACGCCUGCUCAGGGGACGUCUCGUCCACUUCCUGUAUCAACCUGUCCCCCACGGGUGCCGGGAGCAGUGCCCAGCGGCCGCGGCCCCGCGUCCUACUCAAGGCACCCACCUUGGCUGAGAUGGAGGAAAUGAACACGUCUGAGGAGGAAGAGUCCCCGUGUGGGCAGGCGACCCUGAAGCGAGACCGCUCCUUCUCGGAGCACGACCUGGCCUGGCUCCAUAGCGAGGCGGCCCCCGGCCUGCAGCCGCCCGCCGAGCCCCCCGGAGGGCAGGAGCUGCUGCUUAGGCCCCGUGCAGGCACCGUGCACAGCCAGAGCCCCGGCCAGGAGCCAGGUUCCGCCCCUGGGAGUGUCGAGGCUCAGCCUGACCCCCGGUCCCCCCGGCACAGCAGUCCGGGGCCAGCAGAGGAGAGGCCCGAGGCCACGGCCCUGGACAGCCAGACCAGGCACCUGUGGCUGGAGUUCAGCCACCCCGUGGAGAGCCUCGCGCUGACCGUGGAGGAGGUGGUGGACGUGCGGCGUGUGCUGGUGAAGGCUGAGAUGGAGAAGUUCCUGCAGAACAAAGAGCUCUACAGCAGCCUGAGGAAGGGGAAGAUCUGCUGCUGCUGCCGAGCCAAGUUUCCACUGUUCUCCUGGCCAUCCACCUGUCUCUUCUGCAAGAGGUGGGACGUGGAGGCUGGGACACAGCUGUUUCCUCGUGUGCCUCUCCAUGGAGCUGACGCUGCUUCCCCUUCCUUCCCUUCCAGAGCUGUCUGCAAUUCCUGCAGUGUAAAGAUCAAGAUGCCUUCUAAGAAGUUUGCUCACAUCCCUGUCUACUCGCUGGGCUUUGAGAGUCCUCCGAGGACAUCAGCUGACAGAACCACGCCCGCCCAGAGAAGAGACAUCUUCCAGUGGUGCUGGGGCGGUUCCAGGGCAUUGCAGAUGGACGGCCGGUGGCAUUCUCAGGACAGACCCCUGCAGGGGCCGCGGUGGCGGAGUGUGGAGGACGAGUUCCCACACAUCUACUCCCACGGCUGCGUCCUGAGGGACCUGUGCAGUGGCUGCAGCAGCUUCGUGGCUGAUGUGGUCCGCUCCAGCCGCAGGAGUGUGGACGUCCUCAACAGCGCUGCCCGCCGUGCCCGCCACACCCAGUCGCUCUAUGUGCCCUCCCCGAGGACUCUCGACUUCGAGUGACAGCCUCGGGCCCCGCCCCCGUCCUCCCGGCCCUGGGCUGGGCUGUGGGGCCUUUGAGAGGCAGAGCCGCCCUCCCGAGCUGCGCAUGUACAUAUAUACAGAUACAGAUGCGUUCCUGUAAUGUA